CAUUGUCCAUUCUUUAUAAAUCACAAUUUCAUCCUUUUUUUUUUUUUAUUUUUCUUCUUUCUUGUUAAAUUUACUCUACUUCCUCACCCUACAUGAAUCAAUUGAUACAAAAACUAGAUUUGACAUCUUUGGAACAACAGGCUCAAACUUAUCUUGAUAAGAAUAUUGCACCUCUCAUUGGCAUUCAGUCCUCUAUCCGACGUGUUCUUCUCGGUCUUGGUCUAGUAUCUUCAGUUACCUAUCUUUUUUCAAAAUAUAUUCUCUAUCGACUCUUUUUGAAUAAGGUCAACAAAAUUCCUGGUCCUCCCGUUGAAUGGACCCCAUUUACUGGUAAUAUGCGUGAAAUCAUCAGAGAAGAGGCGGGUGUUCCUCACAAGAAAUGGGCAAAAUUAUAUGGUGGUAUUCUCUCUUACAAAGGUCCUUGGUAUGAAAAUCGUAUCUUGGUGACAGAUCCUGAAUUAGUCAAACAAGUCUUGACAACCAAUUCCUAUGAUUAUAUCAAACCACCACGAACUCAAGACUUUUUGAAACGCAUACUUGGAGAUGGUUUAUUAGUCAGUGAAGGCGAUGCUCAUCGAAAACAACGAAAAAUGCUCAAUCCAGCAUUCUCUGUUCAAGCUUUACGAUAUAUGAUUCCUUUGAUGGUAGCUCCUGGUGUUCAAUUACGCAAUAAAUGGAUGGAAAUCAUAGCUCAAGAUAAGAAGAAUGGAAAUACGAAUGGUCCAACUGAAAUCAUUGUUUCUUCCGGUCUUUCCUUGGCCACUCUGGAUGUGAUUGGAAGUGCUGGAAUGGGACAGAACUUUGAUUCUUUACAAACAUAUAACACUCCUUCAGAAAACAAACUCAGCAAGGCUUAUCUCGAUAUAUUCAAGGCUGAUACUUCUCUCUUCAGAGUGUUGACCUUCUUCUUCCCUAUUUUACGACAUGUACCUACUGAACGCAACAAAAUGCUUAAUCAAGAUUUGAAAUGGCUGGAUGAAGAAAGUCGGCGUUUGGUUGAAGUGGGAAUGGAUCGUGUGGAUCAAGAUAAGAAAAAACAUCAAAAUAUAAGUAAUGAUCAAGGAUCACGUCAAGUCAAGGAUUUGCUUACUUUGAUGGUGGAUGAAGUGGAUGAAGCUGGACAUAGUAUGACUGUAAAGGAACUUCAAAAUCAAUGUUUAACUUUUUUGGCUGCAGGUCAUGAAACUACCAGUGUUGCUCUUAGUUGGUGUCUUUGGCUUUUGGCGAAGCAUCCUGAAAUUCAAGAUGCUCUACGUGAAGAAAUCAAGCCUGUUUUUGGUCAAAUAGAUACGGAACAUGCUAUUUUUGCAGAUCCUUUGGCAAACAAUCAAUUUGCCUACGCUAAUGAAGCCAACAUACCAAGUUAUGACACUAUCAACAGCUUACCCUUAUUGAACAAUGUCUGUAAGGAAACAUUACGGUUGAUUCCACCUGUGCCUCUGACUCUACGUAUUGCAACCAAGGAUAGCGUCAUGAAUCACUAUGUAGUACCUAAGGAUACGAUUGUAGCUCUAAGCCCUAUUGUUAGCCAUCAUUCAACUGACAUUUGGGGAGAUGAUGCUCUCGAAUUUCGACCUUCUCGAUGGGAUGAACCUCUUGCCAAAAAUGUUAGUCCUUAUGAAUACUAUCCUUUCUUGGCUGGAAGCAGACAGUGUAUUGGUAAUCGUUUUGCUAUGGUUGAAAUGAAGAUUCUAUUGGCCUUGUUGAUCAUGGAUUUGAAGUAUACCGAAAAACCAGGCUUUGAAUUCAUCAAGAAACAAUCCAUCACUUUGCGCCCCCAUCCUAAUAUGACUUUAUUGGUUGAGACCGUGUGAUGAACAGUUGAUAUAGUUUACCAUAUGUAUUCCCUUCUUGUACUAUUCAUUUCUUAUAUAAUUUAGAUACUUAGUCCUUUUUAGUGUCAGUCAUAGUUAUUCUUAAAAAUAAAAUUAAUGUUC